UCCAUGAGUCUUCUUCACGGGCCUCUCUCUCUCUAGGCAACACCAAUGGCUGCACCCUCCUUGUACCUGUACACGUACCUCCUCUCCUGCAACGUGAUCACGCUGCUGCUCGUGGUCGUGCCCCCGUGCGCGGGGCUCGGGCUCGACACGGUGAGGGGCUUCCUCACCAGGGAGGAGGACACCGUCGUCUUCAGCCUCAUCGAGAGGGCCAAGCACCCGCUGAACCUGCCAGCCUACGACGAUCGCCCGUGCUUCGGCCCCGCCGGCCGCCAUGGACGCCGCAACGGUUCCUUCGUCGAGCUCUUCGUCCGGGAGUCCGAGCAGAUCCAGGCCAAGGCAGGAAGGUACCAAAGCCAGCAGGAGGUCCCUUUCUUCCAACCCAGAGUGCCCUUCACGCUGGCGCCUCCAUACAACUUCACCACUGAUCUGCAUCCCGGAGCGGCGUCCGUGAACGUGAACGACGCCAUAUGGGGCAUGUAUUUCAACGAGCUUCUCCCUCAGCUGGCCAACAAUGGCAGCGAUGAUGGCAACUACGCUGUGACCGCCGCGUCGGAUCUCGCGUGCCUGCAGGCGCUCUCAAGGAGGAUCAAUUACGGGAGGUACGUGGCAGAAGUGAAGUUCAGAGGAGACCAGCAAAGAUACACAGCUUUGAUUCGUUCAAAGGACAAGGAUGCUCUGAUGAAACUGCUGACAUCUCAAGCCCAAGAGGAUGUGGUGAAGAGGAGGGUGGAGAAGAAGGCCAUGGUGUUCGGCCAAGAUGUGACCUUGAACGGACCAACUGAAACUGGUGACGACACCAGCAGCCAAUCCAGUUUCAAAGUCGCCCCUUCGGUGGUUUACGAGUUGUAUGACCGAUGGGUGAUCCCCUUGACAAAACAAGUGGAGGUCGAGUACCUUCUCCAUCGUCUCGAUUGAGCCGAGCCGAGACUCGAUCUCAGCAAAGCUAACCUAAUUUGUUCACAAUUGUACACACUUUGUAUUGUCGGUACAUAAUUAUCAUGUGAAGGGAGACAAACACAAUAAGAAACAUGCAUAUUUGUGAAGCUCGUGAUCUGUUCAG